GGCUCCGCCCUCCCUGUACAUCGGCGUCCUCCUGAGUGACCUUCCCGGCAGCCCUUGCUGGCUCUGCCCCAACCAAACAAAGACGGCAGGAGGUUUUCAAACAGCCGCCCCUCCGAAAAGUUGGCUGUAGCAGAGCCGGGUUGUGCGGACAGCUAGCUAGCUAGUGCCGGCCACCGGAGAACUGAGGGGACCUCGACAGCCAUCGGGAAUCCCUGCUGCUGCUGAGGACAGGCUAUUCACAGUCACCUCCGCAGGGUCCAUGAGGAUCAAUACCCUUUUGGCAACACUGAAUCCAUUGUGAAUGAGGUACAGAACGCUGUUGUGUCCAGACUCAAGGGCAGGCUCUGCAGCACCAGCAGUUCCCACAUGGAGUUUCCGCAGUUCUGCUCGCCGUGACCUUCUGGGCCACCAGGAUAACACGAGGGGAUCCUGCCAGCCUCGUGUGAUGAACCAUCACUUUCCAGGACUUGAACCAGGCUUCCCUGGACACUGAGUUGCUACUUGGGAUCCUGACUGCCUCUGAUUGCUCACUGUGCUGCUGGCAGGGUGGGAUUGAUGUCCGGUUUGGGGCACUGGGCAGAGCCAAGCCCAUCACCAUCCUCUGUGCCCUUGGCAGACUGGGGGACCAAGCUGGACCCUUCUCUCUAAAGGGGAUCCACGUGAGCAGGGGACAGGCUUGGGUCUGUCCAUAUUCACUCCGCUGGGAAGAACCACCUCCUUCACCCUUUCCAUCUGGGAACUGUGUCACUGCUGGGGAUGGCACCAUAUGGAUGCAGGGCAAGGGCCAGCAGCCUAGCAGCAAGGCACUAGCUGAGCCUGAGCACCAUCACAGGGCAUAGAGCUGCCAGGGGGGUGCCAGCAUCCCCAGCACAGCCGCCCUCCAGGGAUGUAGGUGCUGGGCACAGGAGGGGUCCUGGCAGCAAUGGGCCGGCUGGAUGACCAUGCCAAGAGGAGGAUUGUGGAGCUGCGCAGGGCUGGGCUGAGCUUCCGCAAGAUCAAGAAGGUGCUGGAGCUGGAUGACAUCCAGGUGACGCCGCAGGCCGUGUACCUCUUCCUCAAGAGAAAGAGUGUGGAGCCAGGGUCAGUGGCAGCUGGCUGGGAUGGGGACCAGCCCUGGCCUCCACUGCAGGGGCAUGAGGCUGAGCCCUGCAGGCUGCUGGGUACCCAGCACCCUGCACUGCCCACUGGGGAUCCUAUGGGCAGCUGGGCACCCUGCUCUGCUGGCAGCCAGGACACCAAGGAGGGCAUCCACAUUGUCGGUGUGGCCUCACUCUGCAAGGACGGUGGGCAGCCUGGGGACACCCUGCCUGUGGGGCUGGCCCCUGGGAAUGAUGAUGAUUGCUCCACAGGCACAGCCCUGGCUCCAGGGACUGCUCUGGGGGGCCUGACCCCCCUGCCCCAGCCACUGCCCAGCCAAGGGCAGCUAAUCACACUCCCCACCCAGAACUCAGCCCUGAUGGUGAAAAAGAAGACUGUGGAUAGGGCUAUCCUCUUGCAGAAAAAGGUCAAAGAUGCCAGCACUCAGACUGCCUUGCCAAACCCUGUAGGUCCAGGAAAUCACAGCCUUGCUUGGUAUGGAUCAGUGCCCCCCACUGCUCCCAGCUCUCCUGCCAUCGCUGAGAAGCUGGAUGCUGUACAGAUGGAGGUGCAGAAGUUGAGUCAGGCCCUGCACACAGUGCUGGAGCGGCAGUGCCGCCUGGAACGCCAGCAGGAGCACCAGCAGCGGCUGCAGCAGGAGGUGCUGAUGACACUGCAGCAGCUCAGCUCCACUGUGAGCCAUGGUGCUGUGCCAGCCACCCAGCCCUGUGGCCCCUUCAGCAGCAUGGGCGAGCCCUCGCCCACCAUGCCAAACUUCAGCCAGUUCAAGAUGGAGCUGAUCUGAGCUCCUGCAAGGCCUGUGUGUGCCAGCAGUGUUGUGCUAAUGGCAGGAUGGAGCUGGGAGGAAGAACCAUCUCUCAGAGGCUGCCCAAGGAUUACAUGCAGCACCCAGCAGAUAAGGUGCCUGGUGCAUUGUGUUCCCAGCCCUGCUGACUGGAAGGGGCUGCCUGGCACAAGAGGCUGGACAGUGGAAGGUUGAGGCCUUGCUCCUCCUGUGCUGUUCAUCCUGGCUGGCACUGGAGCUGGCUGGGGCCCAUGAACCUCAGCAGAAGGCAGUUGCCUGCAAGGAGAAGAUGCAACUCAGAUGGGCACAGCAGGAAUGUGGGACUCAAAGGAUACUGGAGGCUUCCUUCUCAUGAGAGUCAAUGCCAUGAUGAUCAAUCUUGCCCUCCCCUCCACAGAGCCUUUUUCAGUAAAAAUCUGUCUGUGCCACAGUUCAGAAUGAGUGUGGGAUCAGUAUCUGUGUUUCCUCUACUCCUCACUUGGCCUGUGAGCAGGCAGGAUCUGUGUGGGUUCACUCAUUAUGUAUGGAACAGCACAGGGUGCAGAAACCCAUGAGGUGAAACUAGUGCUCCACACAUGAUGUUGUUGGAGCCUGGUAUCAGCUGCUGCACCGUUAGGGCUAGAUCAGACCAUGUAGGAAACAAUCUUUUACUGAGCAGAUUCCACCUUCCUCACCCCACAAACUCAGCAGAUCUGGAGUCUGGUACUGCUGCUGCCCACUGUCUGACAAAAUAUGGGCAGGACCAUACCAGUAAGAGUUGCACCUAGGCAGGAGCUGAGUGCUGAGUGUUCAGCUUUCCUCUAACCCAUUUUCCUGGGCAGGACACCGUCCUUCAUACCCCACCAACUGGGGUUGUGAUCCCCAGGUGCAAGGCCUGUCCCUAGAGCAGGGUGCUACUGUUGCAGAGCUGCUGUAGCAGAGCAGGGCAUGAUACUGAGAACCUGGACCAGAAGGGCACAGGGGAGGCUGAUGGGCCCUCACUGAGCAAUAGAGUCCAGAAGGACCAGAGACUGCUCUUGCCUGGCAGGAGGAAAGGUCUCAUGGGAGUGGCCUUGGCUCAGCACCCACCAGUGAGUCCUGAGAGGAGGCAGAGCAUGUGUCCUUCCUCUGCACCAGCCAAGCAGGCUUCUGUCUGCAUGGGCACCAUGCUUGGCACAACCUGUGCCUGUGAGAAGUCCCCAGCCUGUUUCUGAGGUCUCCCUGAGUCCAAGGUCAAAAUGAAGAAGGAUAAAAACCAAUUCAGGUGUUUGUACACACAUGUCACAGUACAAGUUGGCUUGUUACUGGGCAACUGAUUCAGCCAUAUAUGGGAGAAGCAGCCUGGUCUGAUAGCCAGGCCUCCAGGAAACAGGGAUAGGACAAGAUUCUGAACCAGACAGGGAUUUGAUCCAAUGGGUUCCUGCCUGGCUGCAGGGGCUAUUGGUCAGAGAGCUGGGCAGCCUGAGCUUUGAACCAAUCACAAGUGGUUGCCAAGGUACAUUAAGAAGGAUAUUUAAGAUGCAAUUAAGAACAAUAAAGUGCUUUUUCUGACAUGGA